CCCGCUCGGUCCGGCAUCUCCAAUAUGGCGGCGUCCUGCGGCUCCUCGCAGCUCCCGGCCGCCGAGCCGCCGCUGAAGAUCCCCAAGAUGGAGGUGCUGUCGCCGGGCUCGCCGGGGGCGCUGAGCGACGGCAACCCCAGCCUCUCCGACCCCUCCACCCCCAGCGGCGCGUCUCCCCUCGGCCCGGGGCCGGCGGCCGGCGGGGCCGGGCUGGGGGGCGGCGGCGGCGGGGCGGGGGGCCGCGGCGGGGCCUCGCCCUCCGUCUCCUUCUCCCCGGGCGGCGCCGCCGCUGCCGCCGCCGCCGCGGCUUGCCGGGGGAUGUCCUGGACGCCGGCGGAGACCAACGCGCUGAUCGCCGUCUGGGGCAACGAGCGGCUGGUGGAGGCGCGGUACCAGCAGCUGGAGGGCGCCGGCACCGUCUUCGGCAGCAAGGCCCCCGGGCCCGCCAUGUACGAGCGCGUCUCCCGCGCCCUGGCCGAGCUGGGCUACGAGCGCACCCCCUCCCAGUGCCGGGAGCGCAUCAAGAAUUCCAGGUGGAAUUGGCUGCUCGGCUCUUUCAUGCUCAACUGAGAGCUCCUGGGCGUGAAGGGGUCGGUGCCUGAAGUCACCUUUAAGACGGAGCAGGACGGCUCAAGCACACUGUUGGAACAAGGGGAGGUCAGAGGCACGUCGUCGUCCUCUGCUGUCGGCUCUCUGAGCUGAAAGCAAAGCUGGGGAAAUAGUGAUGGAGUGCUUAGCUCCAUCUUCCAUUUGUUAUCUGUAACGCUCUGUUUCCGUGAUUUUAUUUACUUUGACUCCAUGCCUAUUAAGGGAGAGCAGCAUGAGGAUUUACUGAUGUAUUAUAAAUGUAAAUCGUGCUUAAAACAUAUUGGAGUCAACUUAUUUUAUAAAUGCGUUUUAGAUAAGAACUGGAUAUUGGCUUUCUUCGGGACACCUGCCUUCCCUGGACUCUGCCAAAUCUUGAAGAGCGAGUUAGAAAUGAACUGGGAAGGAAAAAAGCUCCAAAGAAGAAAGUUUUCCAGUUGUGUCGCGUAGAUGCAUUCUCUCCUAAUUCAAACAGGAUGCAAAGUAAGGUCCCAGUUCAGAUUUUCGACUGUGUCUCAACAUCUGCAUGUGCUUUUCCUCACAUAAGCGGCGCUGGCCUGCGAGCUGGGAACAAGGCCGCUGUUGGGUUUGAGCCACUCUGGAAGUGUCUGUUUCAAAUUUAGGGGUUUCACGUGUAACCGUUCCAGCAGCUUUUCCUGGUUUCUUCCUUCGGAAAGAGGCUUUGAGUCCGACUUUGUGCCUCUGAGGUCAGUGGAUUGGUGAGUUUGGCAAUCGGGAGGUGCAGGAGGAUUGAAACAUCUCGAUUUCUGCCUUCUGGGUUCCUGGAAAAGCUGCCUUGUGCUCUGUAGCUUCCUCAUCCUGUUGUAUCCUUAAUCCUUCCUUGUUUAGUAACAUAUUCUGACCAUCCCUAUGACGCGUAGCUCUUGUUCAAGAGUCGUUUACCAAAGUGCACGUGCUUCUCAUCCGGACCUCCUCCUAAAUCUGUUCCUGGUCAAGGAUUCAGCCUAAACUGUGUAUCCCAAAACUCGUCACCCCUCGCCAGCCCGUGGAGCCUGUAAGUUUUAAGGUUUGACCUUAGCGCUGGUGUUUUAAGGCAGGUGAUAGAAUAGUUGGCAAAACCCUUUCCAGCUUUGCGCACUGAUUUUGAGCCCUUCGCCUGGCAGUGCUGUUUCAGCCAGAGAGCAGGAGGUUAGCCGUUACCUCAAGUGCUUUUAACCGCAGAAGGUGAGCCAUCGCCUCGUGCUGUGGUGUUGCCGCGUGAAGGCCAAAAGCUGACGUACCCAGCGUGUGUUCUUUGAGGUCACUUUCCGUCAGGUGAUAUGCUGGGACAUCGUUUCAUCCUCUUCCAGCCUUCCCGUGUGGCUGCAACGAUCGGGGGAUGCUCUGAGAAAAGAGCUCGGGUUUUACAGUUGCCGCUGACCGGUGCAGAGCUGUGCAUAAUUUUCAGGCAAUAAAGGAGUGUUCUUGAAAUAACUUGCUCCAGGUGUCGUUUGCUUUUUCAAUACUGGAUCUUGUGCAUUUUUUUUUAAAUCGGCAGAAAAAUUUCUGCUUCUGUUGCAUCUUUCUUCAUCGAAGGUGGAAACAAAGACUCGCUCUCCUGACAGCACUUUGCUUAGCUGAGCUGCAAGAGGGUUUUGGUGCUAGAAAUUCACCGGCUGCAGUUGCAGCUAGUGAGCCUUUCUCAAACAGAGAGAAGUCCUUCCUUAAAAGUUGCUGUUCAGCAGCAGGAGACCGUUAAAAUUAAUUUGGGGGCAUUUUUAACAUGUCAUUUCUUCAGCUACCGCAGAAUUGCGGGUUCUGCUUUUGUUUUGCGAGAGAGCCACUGAAAUUUGUUCGCCUCUCCCUGGAGUCGGUGCCAAGCCAUUUAUUCAAGGAGGAACAGCUCCAACGUCUAACUCCCGGCUGCAGGAAUUCACGAGUCCCGCUGCCGACUGCAAACCCGCUCCCCUGGUGUUGGAUUUUGCUGUAGGUAGCAACCUCCCUCUCACCCCGGAUGGGUGACUGGAGGUUUUGGGUGGGUUGUGGUUGUCCGCUAAGCGUGUAAUUUAUUUUUCAAAGGAACAAUAAACACCUUGAAGACACUGGUUAAACAGUCACAGAGAACGUAGGCACAGAGGGGAGAAGUGAAUGCCUCGAACCCACAUGAAAUGGGAAGGAAUGAAGUUAUGCCUGAGUACCGGCCGUUGGUGUUCUCUUGCUUGAAGCUAUACGUAAAGCGAUGACGGCAGGGGUUUAUUUGUAGUGGGGCUGUGGUUUUAGCUGCUUUACAAUGUAAACAAUCUAUUUUUAAAUCUUAAAUCUUACAUGAAGUUGUUUUUAAGGAAGGAAAAGCUGUGCUAACUGGACUACCAGAAGCAAAGCUUGCCAUAAUCGUGUUUGACCUCCUGCGUGGUACAGGAGAUUGGAUUUCACCCAGAAUUUCAUCGUUGGGCCCGAUAACGUUGAGCCGAGUGGCUGUCUUUUAAUUUGAAGAUCUCAAAUGAUGGACCAUCAGUACAGUUUGUGGGAACCAGCCAACUGUCCCCCUUCAAAACAGCUUUGCCUUCUGCUUUUUUCUUAUUUUGUUUUAAACGCAUUUUGUCUUUGUCUUGUAUUUGUUAUCUCAGGCCCAGAUCCUCUUCUGGGCAGCUCCACUGGCUGCGAUGCGUGCAGGUGGUGUUCAAGUUAUCUCCGGAUCUUUCUUUGGCUUAAGUAGAUUCAGAUGAGCCGGGUUUUCCAGGCUGGAUCAUCUCUUGUCAUUCCUUGAAUCCUUUCCAGCAGCCCAGCUUAUCGCUGGAGGAUCUCACAGGCCCUGGUAGAUGGGAGCAACUUUCAGUUGACAUUUAUAAGCUGGAAAAAAUAAACUCUUCAGUGACAAAGAACAGAUUGAUUUGUUUGACUCCUUCUUGGAUGUAUUGUGGGGCUGCAGGUGAGGAGUGUCUCUGGGAGGAGAGCAUCACGUGGAGCAAACCCUCUUGCAGAGCCGCUCUCUUCGGCCAGGGUAUUUGUAGAGUGGUGUCGGGCUGGUAGGAAUCUGGCUUGCUUUGCAUGUGCAGGACAAGUGCCUUUACUGUCCGGUGGUUUCUGCAGCCGUGCUGUGAGUCUGUAAUACCCUGUUCUGGUCGUCUUGGCAUACCUGGGUCAUCCACCGCUCAUUGCAUGGGUGCAAGAUGGUUCCCAGCGGGAGCUGGGAGCGAGCCGGCAGGUUAUCCUGGUGAGGCAGAAACAGCUGCUGGCCAGGAACUCAUUGCAGAAGGACAGACUUGCUAAACUUGAAUAUUAAAUCUCCGUUUGGGAGAUUGGUGACCGUGAAAUCUUAGUUUGGGAGCGCGCAGUUUUUCCCUCUCAUCCUCCUUGACUAUGGAGGACUUGGGGAGGUGUUAAAAAUCCUCCUUCUGACUUUUGUCAUUUGCCCUUAGCCAGCACAUGCAGGCAGGUGGAAAUUUUGGGCAUCCCGUUGGCACCGGUUAUUGCAGGGGCUGCUUUGACAUCAGAGAAUAGUGCCAGUGAUGCAGGAGGUGUUGGAUGGUUGAUUGUGGAUUUUUAUUUAUUUUAGAAGUGGCUGGAUGCACCCGAAUGAAGCUGGGUGUGAGAGCAUACAGCUUUGAGCGCUGGUUUGGGGGCAGAUUUGCUUUCAUUACUCUUCCUGGCUAUGCUCCAUCCUGCUGAGUGUAUGAAUUUGGGAGCCAAGUAGAUGCUGUUUGGCAGACUGCUGUGGUCUCACCAGUUACCAACCCUUGCCCACUGGUCCUGUGAAAAUCGGAGUUAAAGCCAUCUUUGGUAUUUCACUUCCAGCUUUUCCCGUGGAUUUAGGUAUUGCUCUCCACUGAUGAAGUUUUCUCAAUGCAGCUGAAGGCCAGUGGCAUGGACCUUCCUCUAGAGACACCCGGCCCCAGGACAGGCAGCAAUGCGCUGCUAGGAUGUGUUGCAUGUAAUGUUUUUUUAGCUUUCUGAACUACACAAGAGGUUUCCCCUGUGUUGCCACCUGCGUUGAUGCCGCUUGUUUUGGAGAGGAGCGUUUUCUCUCCCACCUGAGGGAGGGUUUGUGCUGCUCUUCAUCUUCUAGAGGGGCUCAUGGCCUCGCUCCGCUUGUUCAUUUGAGAGCAAGAACCAGCAGGGAUUUAGUCUGCGUGGUGUGUCUUGCCUUCCUGAUAGCAGAGGUGUGACCUCUCAAGUACGUCUUGGGCCUUUUUGGUCCAGGCUGCUCUGCUUUGGCCUUUCCUUGAAAGGCAGGCUUUGCAGGUGGCCUGGAGAUGUGUGUCCCCAUCAUAGUGGAUGUAUGAAGCUUCAAGUUUGCUUUUAGGAACAAUUGUGUUUCUGAAGGGAAGACAAGUCCACUCAAGCAUGGCCUUCAUUGCUCUGAAGUAAGUAGCGAUGGGUUUUAAGCACUGUUUUUGACCAGGACUAGGUUGAACCUUACUCACAUGUCUCUGCAAGCCAAGCUCUGUCUGUAGGACACAUCCAUUGUAUCGAAACUCCUCACAGAGCCAAAAGUCUCUGGCUGUGGUGGGUAUGGGCACGGCAGAGGGUUUUGCUGGUCUGCCUUCUCAAGCUCUAACUUGUUACUCUUCUUUUUCUCCAGUGCCGUCUUAAACCAGGAGCUUGGCACGUCGGGAGAUGGAGGUGCCUGGCCAUCUGCCUUUCUGCAGGCAAUACUGGAGAGUUUCUCCUCUCUAGAUGUCUAGCCCGAUUAGCAUCAAAUCCCUGAGAAGGAUAGGAAUAAUUUUAUUUUCAGCACUCUAAUAGCAGCAGAGAUGGAGCAUCUUCACAGGUGGCUAUUUUGAGACGCGAGGUGUUCAUUGUGUCUCGGCACCGCAUGUCGCUGCGUGACUUCCUCACCCAGCCGGGCCACAGCUCGUUACACCCCGGCUUCGUUCUCUCUUGGUCAAGGGCAAAGUCCUGCCUUAUCUAGACUGACCUCUGCAAUUGGCUGUAGUGCUUCUGUAAAUAAUUCCUGCCCAGGCAAGUCUUUUUUGUUUUUAAUAUAUUGUGAUUUAGAAAUUGGCAGCAGUGGAAAAUCCGCUGUGAUUUUUGUUAGAUUCUAGCUCUGGCUAACGAAUCCAACUUAAAACCAUGUGCCUUACCUGCCUCGACUCACAUCCCUUAUCUGCGUCUUCUAGGGUGACUUUGCUUCUUCAAAUCAUUGUCCAAAGCGAUCUCUGGUUCCUGUCUCGAUCAGGCGAUCGGCUUGUCUGUGUUCCCUCUCAACACCCUUCUCCCCUUGGGACGUCCCCAUCGCUUUCCUUGUGCCGUACCGGAGACCUUCAGGAAGCCCCUGUGUGUGCGGGCACGUCAGGUUACGGCUGAGGCUUCGCUCUGGUACAAAACGUGAUUUAUUUUGACUGCCACGAUCUGGCAGAUGCACAGCCUUUGCAGACAGGUCCGCGGCAGCUCCUGCAGUGCGCGCCUGCAAAGUUUUAUGGGCAGGUUUGCACGAGGCUGCUGGUGUUUCGCAGAGGGGUGUUACAAAUUGGCAUCUCAUGCUGGAGACACGUUGAAGCCGUCAGCUACCUUUCUGCAGCGGUGUAUGGCGCUCUCAGGAGUUUAAGGCACUCUUUCUUCUCCUUUUAUUCUGGAUAGACCACAGAAAUAGGGCUCCUUGUCGCAAUAUCCCAUGGAAGUCUCGUGUUUUCCUGCCUUGCACGCAUCUUUUAACCUAAAAGUUCGCGAGCUGGCAAGUUGAGCAGAGCUAUCAGGCUACUGUAGACAGUUCUGUUUCCUUGUGCUGCCACCAGCCAGCUCGGGAAUGAAGAUUUCAAGAGCUUUCACUGCGCCGCUCAUCCCUACAACCGCUCCAGGCUUCAAAAGCCAUUUCUUUUGUGUCAGUGUAGUUUCAUCUCAUGUUGCUUGUGAGUAUCCUGGCACGACAAGGAAGGAGGCUAUUUGAUACUGCCGUUCUUAAUUCAGGAUGUAAAGACAAGAGCUCCUCUCGCAUUAAGUAAAAGAUCCUCUUUGGAGCUGAACGUUGUGCUAAGUGGUGCUCUGUGCCAUCGGGAUCCCUUCUAGGUCAGCUGCUUUCAUUUAAUAGACUUAAAUAGAUGAACAUGGACACACCUGUAGGCCACCUAACUGCUCUGCAGAGCCUGUAGCAUCUCGCCAAGUAAGUGUACGUCUCAGAUCAGCGAUCUGGAGUUUCUUGUGUUGGACCAUCUCUGGGGUUAUCUGUAAAAAGCUCGCUGUAGUGUGGUUCUCCCUCAUCUUAUUUUUUGCUGGGGGGGAGGACUGUGUCUACAGCCUUCCUCAAAGUCGCUUCCUAAGGCUUUUCUGACCAGCGUUUCUGCUCAUCAGUGCUGCAGUUCCUGCAGAGCGAUCGGUUCCCCUAUGGUUUCACUUGUAGAAAAGAUGAGGGCUCGUGAGUUAGAAAAGGUGAGAAAAUCCACACUGAGCUUUUUGACUGUCUCUUCCUUUGGAUUUCGUGAUUAUAAAUUAAGCGGGGAUAAUCUGUC